AUGCGGCGGGCCGCUUCAUUGGUGCGGUGGACACUUCCGAACGCAUGUCGCUUGUUACACCUCGCCAGCAGAACCUGCAACGGCAAGGCGGUCCCAAAUUUGAUUCCAGUCGUGGGGCUCGUCCUCAUGGGUGCGUCUGGCAGUGGCUGGUCCACACAAAGCAAGGUGUCUGCGGAAGAUUCGCCACCGACAAGGCGCACAAAAAACCCAGCCGUGUUGAUAGAGUUGCUUGAAGCCGAAAAAAGCUCGGUUGUCCCAGGCUUUUUCCUGAGCGCCAUCUCUGAGCAUGUGGCCUUUGUCGAUCGCGUUGGCGAGUCGCAGGGGUGGGGUAGGGACUGUAAGGCCAUGGUGAAAAAACAAUUUCUGGCUUGGGCGAAGAGAACUGCCUGGCAGGAGGAGACAGACAAAGGAGCCAUGUGGUGGGUUGCAAAGCAUGGGGGCCACGUCGUAGGCCUUGUGGGCUUGCAUUCGGACGCUCUCUCACAACCAGACUGCCACGAUCUUCGCAUCGCCGAGCUUCGGAGGCUCUAUGUGCAAGAGUCCUUUCAGGGGAGAGGUGUGGGGAGGCAGCUCGUGGAGACGGCCAUUGCUGAGGCAAGGCGCCAGGGCCACGACGUGCUGUACCUGUUAACUGACCACUAUGGUAUGGAGAUCGCGGCGAAGCUCUACCAGGAUGGGCGAUUAGGGUUUGGGGUUUAG